ACCGCUUAUUCAAAACCUAUCCACUCCCCCAACUCACCUGCCAAUCGAUAACUACAGAAGAUAUUGCUUUCUAAAAUUCUCUCAUCAAUCUUCCCCAAAAUUCAUCAGUGAUUGUAAAGGACACCGUCUCUUACUGUAUAGCAAAAAAUGGCAGGGCCUCAGUGCUGCGAGAAUCCACCAGCUUUGAGCUCAAGCAGUGGACAUGGAUCUAUUUUGGAACUUGGAGGACUCAAAACCUACGUCUCUGGUUCUUCCAAUUCCAAACACGCCAUUCUUCUCAUCUCCGACGUUUAUGGUUAUGAAGCACCAAAUCUGAGGAAGCUUGCCGACAAAGUUGCAGCUGGGGGUUACUAUGUGGUAGUUCCUGAUUUUCUUUAUGGGGAUCCUUACAAUCCCGAAAAUAAGGAGAAGCCUAUACAAGUCUGGAUACAAUCACAUGGAACAGAUAAGGGUUUUGAAGAUGCAAAGCAGGUUAUUGCAGCUUUAAAAGAUAAAGGCAUAUCUCCAAUUGGAGCGGCAGGGUUUUGCUGGGGUGGCAAGGUGGUUGUUGAACUAGCCAAGUCUGACAACAUUCAAUCUGCAGUGCUAUUGCACCCAUCAUUUGUCUCUGUGGAUGAUAUUAAGGAGGUGAAGGCACCAAUAGCUAUUUUGGGAGGUGAAAUAGAUCAGCUAUCUCCUCCUGAGCUUGUUAAGCAGUUUGAGGAGAUUUUAUCAUCAAAACCUGAGGUGGACAGAUUUGUGAAAAUUUAUCCUGGUGUUUCCCAUGGAUGGACUGUUCGAUACAAUGUGGAAGACAAGAAGGCUGUGCAGAGUGCUGAAGAAGCUCAUCAGGAUAUGUUGGACUGGUUUACCAAGCAUGUGAAGUGAGUGGAAAGAACCCUAGCAGUUGAAAAAUUAGCCAUGAUAAUAUAGUUAUGGAGCUCAUUAUGGAUAAAAACCCUGUAUU